AUGGAUGGAUGCCGCAUAGAAUCGUAUAUUUGCAAGAUUACUGGUCUAACAGUCCAUCAGAAGUUGCUACUAUCAACAACUUGGCGUCACUUACAGACUAGUUUUGUAAUUGAUCUUGGCAAGCGAGUUUUCGAGCUUAUUUUUGAGCGAGACCCAAAUUUGUUAGUAAUUAUUAAUUUGAAACAACUUCAGAACACCGAUGAAUGGCGCGAACAUGCUAAUUUUCACAAACAUGCGCAGGUUAUUUUUAUCAUUUUUGCUAAAGUAUUUCAAUUAUUCAAUGUUAAUCAUAAUAAUGUGAUAAUGAUAAGAACUUAUAAGAUUUUUUCUUCUAAAAAAACAUAA